UCCUGGCCGCGUCGACCUUCCGCGGCUUCCUCUCGCAGCUCCGCGCCCUCGCGGCCAGUCCUCGCGCUCGCCAUGCUGCCCGCCAGCCGCGUCCUCGCCCGCACCGUGGCCUGCCGCUCCCGGGGCCCGGCCCGACGCUACGCCGAGGCGGCCGCGGCGGCCGCGGGCGGCCCCGCGCAGAUGUCCUUCACCUUCGCCUCGCCCUCGCAGGUUUUCUACAACGCAGCCAACGUGAAGCAAGUUGACGUUCCCACCCUGAGCGGAUCCUUUGGCAUCUUGGCUUCCCACGUCCCUACCCUGCAGGUCCUGAAGCCUGGAGUUGUGACUGUCUUUGCUGAGGAUGGCUCUUCCACAAAAUACUUCGUUAGCAGCGGCUCUGUCACAGUGAAUGCAGACUCCUCCGUCCAGCUGUUAGCUGAGGAAGUGGCACUGCUGGAUCAACUCGAUGCUACGACAGCCAAGUCGAACCUGGAAAAGGCCUUGUCGGAGCUGGCAGCAGCCUCGGACGGAGCAGCGAAGGCAGAAGCGCAGAUCAAAGUGGAAGCCAGCGAGGCCAUUGUGAAGGCUCUGGAGUGAGGAAGGGCAGUCUUGCGGUUGGCAAGCAGAAGUGGCUGUUUUUGCCGGGACACAUCCUCUCCCUCCCUCCUGCUCCCUGCUUGGUGCAGUUGGUGUGCGUAAAGCCCUGUCAUUAACCGUUGACCAAUUAAAAAGCCCAGAAAGGUGGGCGCUGAAGCUUG